AUAAUAUUUGACUAUUUGAGGCACAUCGCAUCUGCACCUAAUAAAGCCGAUUUAAGUUUCUGUUCUUUUUGCAAAGUUAUAGUGGUUGACUUGCUUUUCCUACUUUGCGUUGCGCGAAAGUUUAGUUUGUCAACCCUCUGCGAACUGCAGAUAUUGCUAGAGCAAUUGUACAAGGAGUGCAUAUGCAAAUGAAGCCAAAUGUAUUUGUUGGCGAAAAUUUUAACAGAAACCUUAAGCAGAUGUGCAAACUUUUAGGUGAUGACCAAGUCUUCAUAAUUGGCGUACAUGGAAUGGCAGGAGUGGGAAAAACAGUCCUGGUAACUUAUAUUGAGAAUGAUAUUAAUUUAAAUAGGAAGGACAGUUUUAAACAUGUCUUCUUCGUCACUGUAUCCCGAGAUUUUAGCAUUUUUAAAUUGCAAAAUGAAGUGGCGAAGAGAAUAGGUGUGACACUUGAUGGAGAUGAUGAGAGAAUCAGAGCUAAAAAGUUGUCAUUAGCGUUGGAAGGAAAAGAAAAAUCAGUGCUUAUCUUGGAUGAUGUUUGGAAAAAUAUUGAUCUAGAGAAGGUGGGAAUUCCUCUUGGUGUGAAUGGCAUUAAAUUGAUUCUAACAAGUCGUUUGGAACAUGUGUGUUACCAAAUGGAUUGCCUACCAAAUAGCAUAAUACGGAUGGAACCUCUCUCAGAUGAAGAAGCCUGGGAGUUAUUUUUGCUGAUACUUGGAAACCAUGCAACACCUGCAAAACUUCCUCAUGAAGUAGAAAAAAUUGCAAGAUCAAUUGCUAAGGAAUGUUAUGGUUUACCACUUGGAAUCAGUGUGAUGGCUAGAACCAUGAAAGGGGUAACUGAUGACAUUCGUUGGUGGAAACAUUCAUUGAAUAAAUUUCAAAAUUUCGCAAUGGAAGAAAAGAUCUUCGACGUGUUAAAACUUAGUUAUGACAAUUUAACUGACAAGAACAUGCAGAAUUGUUUCUUAUCCUGUGCAUUAUACCAUGGAAUUGGGAGAAAAGAAUUGGUUUUCAAGCUCUUUGACGAAGGACUGCUUAAUGAUACAAGAUUGGAGAGAAUAUCAGAUGGGGGACUUACCAUAGUUGACAAACUCAAAGGCCAUUCUUUGUUGUUGGAGAAUGAUUACCUCCAUAUGCAUGGUUUAGUGCGGAACAUGGUGUGCCAAAUACUAAAACUGAGCCACAGGUACAUGGUGAAAUGCAAUGAAGGAUUGACAAAGGUACCUGCCAUGCUGGACUGGACAACUGAUUUGGAGAAGGUUUCUUUGAUGAACAACAAUAUAAAAGAAAUCCCAAAGGGCACAUCACCUAACUGUCCAAACUUGUCCACCUUGAUUUUUAGUGGCAAUCCCCUCCAUCGCAUUCCGGAUUGUUUUUUCAGCAACAUGAAUGCUCUAGCUGUGCUUGAUCUAUCAUGCAAUCCAUUUUUGACCCUUUUGCCAAAAACAGUGUCUAACUUGAGGUCACUUGUUUCUCUACUACUUGGAGGAUGCAAGUCACUAGAAUAUGUGCCUCCAUUAGAACAGCUACAAGCAUUGUCUAGAUUGGACAUUUCAGGAACUUCCAUUGAGGAAGUACCACAAGGUUUGGAAAUGCUAACCAACCUGAAGUGGCUUGAUUUGUCUGAGAAUUACAACUUGACAUUGUUACCAGGGUCUGUGCUACCUGGUUUAACCAAUAUGCAGUACCUUGAUAUCCGCUAUAACUAUGGUUCAGCAAAGGUAAAUGCAAAAGAUGUACUAGGGAUGACCAUGUUGGAACAUUUUGCAGGCAGUUUUCAUGAUUGUGAUAACUUCAAUUGUUAUGUGCAAGCAACCUUGGACAGAGAUUGUGGACCUAAAACUUAUAAUCUCCAUUUAGGAAUCGGUCCUGGAUAUUUUUCGGAUUAUUCUUGCGACUAUAACUUCCCAGCAAACAAUGACUGCCGCAUUGUAAGUUUUGGGGACUGCACAAAAUUAGACCAUGUGCUUCCGACAGACAUUGCAAGGUUGUGUAUAGCAGAGAAUAAACAAUGGAUAUGCUUGUGUGAUGUCCUCUCAUUUAGAUCUCAUUCUUCUUUGAUGUACAUUAACAUUCAAGCUUGUCCAAAAUUGGAGAGCUUGUUUUGUUUGACUAGUCCAUGUUCCUUGUGCAGUAAUCUCCAGAACCUUGAAUCUUUGAAUCUUAAAAAUUUGGAAGGCUUAGCUUUCAUGUGGAAAGAUUUUCCUCCUGGUGGCAUGUUCUCUCAUAUCAAACAUCUUGUGGUCUCGAAAUGCCACAAAAUAGAGAAGUUGCUAGCAAUUGGGUCAAUGCUACUGCUCAAACACUUGGUCACACUAGAUGUGAAGUGUUGUUAUUUGUUGAAAGAGAUAUUCACUGAAGAUGUGGGUCGUGUUAAGGAACUUACUCUCCCUAAGUUAACAAGGUUGGAGUUUAGAGAUUUGCCACAAUUGGAGACCGUGUGGCGGGGAACUAUUGUGGGUGGAUUGUCUCCGAAAUUGAACAUCAUUGACUGUCCCAAACUAACACGUCCUAUUUUACAAAGUCAUUCAUGACUCUCAUCAUGAUUUUUAGUGUAUCCGCACCUUAUUUUUCCCUAGCAAUAUAAAGAUUGUAUCUGUGACUUUGUUACUUUAUAGAUGGAUGGAGUAUUAUUUUUACUAAACAACU